UUUCAUUGGGAAAGACGAACCGAAUAAUAGGUAUUAAUAUUGUACUGUAAUUAUUAAAAAGAGUUGUGAGAUGACCGAUGAGCAAAGGUCUGGAAGUAGGCGGAGAGGAGGAGCCCUUGGAGGUGGAAGGGGAGGAAAUAGCCAGAAUAGUGGCCGGAAAAGAUCAUCAAACAGUCCAGCUGAUUCGGCUUCCUCCUCCCAAAAGACGAGCAGAAAUCCAUCGCAAAAUCGUCCUCCAAUGAACAUCGUUCCUCAAAAAGUCACAAUUCUGAAACGAAAUCAGGAUUCUCAGCCAACAUCUCCAAUAAAUCGGAAUGCGCCACCAGGACCCUUGGUUGCCGCUGUACAACCAUUGAUGGCUGUUGAAUUGGGCGAUUCGGGAGCUUCAUUGAAAGGAUGGAAUUCAAAUCCUACUACUCCAGAGAAAACAACGAUUAAUGUUGCUGGACGACAAGCAGAAGCCAACAAAAAACAGACGCAAGAGUAUUAUUUCUCCAAAAAUGCCGGGUCAGCCGUGUCGGCUCAAACAUUUCAAGAGACUGUCCAGUAUCCAAUGAGCUCAUUUCCGUUGGAAAAGAAUGUACCUAUUCAAAUUGAUAACAAUUUUACGCUGUUGAUUACUCCAACUACGAGCAAGUGCAAUGGACUAUUCAUCAAAGUAAAAUUACAACAUGGAGAUGACAAUAUCACAACUGGAGCUCUGUUGAAAUUGGAUGCAGAUGAAAAGACGAUCAGAAAAUCUUGCAGGGAAACUAUUGAGAAUCUCUUGAAAGCAAAGUCUUCAUCCGACAGAUUUCCAUUCUCAAAGUGUUCUGAGGGAUUUCUGACUUCUUGUUUGAUCAAGAAACUUGUCGAUCGUCUAGAAGCGUUCCCAGAGGCCAUAUACUAUUGCGAAAAGUGCGAUUAUCAUAUUAAUACAAUCGGACACGCAAAAGCACACUUAGAGAGCAGUACACAUUUUGAUGAUGUUAAGCGACAGGAACAACGGGAGCAUCUUUUGAAAAUUAUUCCACCUCCGACUGAAGCACAUUUAGAGAGUGUUGAAAAAGUUUUGGAAGGAACAUUGAAAUCGUAUCAACAGGUUCGUCAAAAUGGAAUCGAGAUCGGUGAAACAAUCAUCUAUUACUUGAGUACUACAGUAUUCCCAUCGAUUGGAUUGCAAGAUGUGAUACUUCGACCAUUUGGAUCUGUAACAUAUGACGUCACACUUCCGGAUAGUGAUUACAAUGUGGCAUAUACUAUGUCAAUUCCUGAAGGAACUCCAAUAUUUGCAUUACUUGAACAAGUUCGAAAGAAGAUUGCCGAUGAUGGACAUCCAGCUGAUCAUUCCAUGGAAAUGGGAACACCGUCAACAAUUAUAUUUACAUUCAAAGGAGUUCGAGUUAAACUUUGUUGGAUGUCAUGUUUCAAUCAUCGUAUACAACUUCAUUUUUCUGAAUUGAUGAAGACCUAUGUAAAUUUACGAGAGGAAGUUGCUCAAUUUCUUCAACUUAUUCGUCUUUGGGCAACGAAAGCUGGCCUUGACUCCAAAAAUAAGCCUAGAAUCGGACUUCCUCGAUAUGGAUUUGAUAUAAUGGCCAUUCAUUUUCUUCAGCAGAUCGGAUGCCUUCCAGUACUUCAUGAACUUUUUGAAGCAGGUCCAGAAACUGAGAAAAUUGAAGAAAUGAGUGCUGAAAAGACAGCAAAACUUCAAUCGGAAGAAGCUGGGCAACGUAGAAUGAGAUUGAUGUCUCGAUAUGAGAAGAAUACUGAAAAGAUUGGUACGAAGUUCGACUUGAAGAAAUCUUGGAAUCUAGCUGAGCUCUUCAUUGGCUUCUUUCGGUAUUAUGUUGAACGACAUCGGGACGUAGUCAUCCAAAUUACACAGCUUAUUCCAAUGAGUCGAGAUGUGAGCCGUUGGAAUAAAAAGAUUCUUCAUGUUGUUGAUCCAUUCCGUGGUGACAAUGUUCUUUCAAUACCAAAGGUUUCUACUUGGCAACCAUUCUUUUUCAAUUGUCUCCUAACAUCAUUUGUAUCGUUUUCGAUUCCAAGAACCAAGAAUGGACCAUUAAUUGAAGUUUCGUUUGUUCAUAAUAAAACUAUCAAACCUGGAAAAAAGUUCAAGGAUACUCCAAAAAAGGCAACGGUGGAGGCACCCAUUCCAUUGACUCAAAUAAUGGAAGAACAUUAUCAAGAACCUGUAUAUGAGAUUGUAAAUGAUAAAGAUCAUCUAAAAUAUAUGAAAGAGCUCAAGGAACGUCUGAUGAUUGAUGGAAUCUUAGUGAAUGAACGAAAACCAAUUGAUUAUCACACUGAUGAUCAUCGAGAAUGUGUUUAUGGUAGAAAUUCACUUUUGCGAUUCAAGAGAGUUCUCAAACCAGGACUAAAUGGAAAAAUGGCAGCAUCAAUGGAUGGAUUGAGUUUUGUGACGAAAAAAGGAAAGAAAUUCAUCAAUCGGUGGAAGAAGGCGAACGUCAUCAUUUUAUCGGAAGAUUCUUCUGAAAUAGACGAAAAGACGAAAGCAGCUGAUAGUAAUGUGUCCGAAAUUGCAGAAAAAUUGGAGGAAACCCUCAAGAUUUCUUCUCAAAAGAAUAUUGACGUUGCAGUAACAUCCAUGCCUGUUUCCACGGAAAUCAAGCCGGAACCCAUCACGAAAUUAUCAAAUGAAGCACCAGUGAAGAUAAAAAAUGUUGCUCAACCUCAAUGUGAUCUCAUAGAAGCACCACAAGAAUCUCUAAUGAAUGAAUCUAUGAUGGAAUCCAGUUUCGAUGAAACUGAAUCUCCAAUGAAAACUCCAAUUGUUCAGAAACCUGUGAAACAAAAUGCGACAUUUGGGAAAUCUACGAUAUCCACAGUAAUCCCCGAUAAGCAAUUCUGCAGUGAAGAGUUUUUCAUUAAAUUGAAUUCGAAUUUGAAGGAUAUUGUAUCCAAAUCGAAAAGUCUAAAACCAUCAGAUUUUCAUUAUGAAUUCUCAACUGAUCUUUUCUGUGGAGACUUUGAAAUGGAAAUGAAAUGUACACAUUGUGAUGGUAGUCAUUGUGUUGAAAACUGCCCGAUGAUGGAAAUUCCACCGAUUAAAAAAUAUCAAGCAAGAACUCCCGAAGAUUUGAAAGAUAUUGAUGAUAUGAUUGAUAAAUAUUAUCAUGAGAAUAUUCUUGAUGAACGACGGCUCAAAAUGUUGGAUCACAAGAUUGAUGAACUUCAAUCAUUUUUAAGGAAAAACUAUCGUGAAGAUGUCACUCUUACAACAUUUGGAAGUGUUAUGACAGGAUUAAGUGUCAAUUGUUCAGAUAUUGAUAUUUGUUUGAGAUUCGGAGAUGGAGAUGUUCCGCCAAAGGAUUUGACAGCAAAAGAAGUUAUUCAGAAAACUGAAUCCGUUCUCAGAAAAUGUCAUUUGGUAAAGAGAGUUCAAGCAAUUGUCACUGCAAAAGUGCCAAUUGUCAAGUUUCAAGUGAAACUUUCCAAUGGAGCAAUUAUUGAUGUCGAUAUCUCCUACUACAAUAUAUUGGCAAUCUACAACACAGCUCUUCUGAAAGAAUAUUCAUUGUGGACGCCUGACAAACGUUUUGCUAAAUUGGCUCUCUUUGUGAAGACUUGGGCCAAAAAUUGUGAAAUCGGAGAUGCAUCACGUGGAUCAUUGAGCUCAUAUUGUCACGUCAUCAUGCUCAUUUCUUAUCUUCAAAACUGUGAUCCACCGGUUCUUCCACGCCUUCAAGAAGAUUUUCGAAGUGAUAAUCGGGAAAGACGACUCGUUGACAACUGGGAUACGUCAUUUGCUCAAGUUGAGACCAGUUUGCUACAACGUUGGCCUAAAAACAAAGAAUCGUGUGCUCAGCUGCUCAUUGGAUACUUUGACUAUUAUUCGCGUUUUGAUUUCCGGAAUUUUGUUGUUCAAUGUCGACGGGAAAUGAUAUUGUCGAAAAUGGAAAAAGAGUGGCCGAGACCUCUUUGUGUAGAGGAUCCAUUCGAUUUGAGCCAUAAUCUGAGCAGCGGUGUUAACAAGAAAAUGUUCGUAUUCAUUAUGAAAGUGUUCAUCAACUCACGAGCAGUCUUCAUGUCUGAGAAACCACCGAUGAAUCGAGAUCACACUUUCCUAUCAUCAUAUCAACACCAGUUACUUCGAAAAUGCAAUCAAGGAUCCGCUCCAACUGAUCGUCAAUGUCAUCAAUGUCAUAGGAUAGGACAUUUUGUAGAAUCGUGUCCGCAAAGAGCCCUGGCAAAAGAAGCCCGGAAGCGAUUUGGAUCAAACUCGACAAACUCAUCAUACCGAUCAAAUGAUAGUGGAAGAGGAUUCAAAAAUGGAGAGGAAGGUGGCGAUCGUCUGACUUAUCACAAAAGGACAUACUAUCAUCGCUCGUACAACAAAUAAAUUCUCUCCACCCAUUCACUUCACACAACAAACUGGAUUUUCACCCCCACGAAAACUAUUCUGAAUGUGUAUACAUACGUAUAUAUCCAGAAGAAUAUUCUAGUUCUAUUUCCCCAUUCCCCCACUAUAAUCAUCUUUAUAAUUUUUUUCUUGCUUUCAUCGUUCCCCUAGUUAAUCAUUUAUCAUGUGCCUUCCAGCGUUCUUCCCUACUCCCAAAAUGUUUUAGGAUCCGUGUUUUUUUUUGUUUUUCUUUUUUCAAAUUCUCUGAAUUAUAAUUUAAAAAGAAUCUUCCUAAAUCUAGGAAUCACAUUUGAGUUGUUGUACUUUUUCUGUUCGUUUUCUGUUGUGUUAUUUGUGAUCCAAACAAUUCUGCACCAUUAACGGGUCCAUUUUGGACACUAUCACCAACAGUCUUCCCACCCAAUUUUUUUUUCAUAAUGAAACUUUCCCCAUG